AUGGGAAACAGCACACGGGAGCUCUUUUCGCAAGCUAACGCUUAUCAUGAAAAGUUGAACAUCAGUGAAUUAAACCGUGAGGACAGCAAGAAAGUGAUUGUUGAUGAUGAGAAUUAUGCGGUUGAGAGCUUAUUACCAGACGAGGAUGAACUAUUAGCCGGGAUGGUUUAUAAGCUCGUGGAUGAUUUGGAAGAAUAUGAUCUUUUCGGCAGUGGAGGAGGCUUUGAACUGGAAACUGAUCUGCAAGAAAAUUUAGUGAGAUUUGGUAUUUCGAAUCUGAAUUUAUCCGAUGGUGGUGGGGCUCGGUUGAAUUUUCCCGGUGGUGUGGGGACUGUUGCUGGAGAACAUCCUCUCGGAGAGCAUCCUUCGAGAACUUUAUUUGUUCGCAAUAUUAACAGUAACGUUGAAGAUGAGGAGAUUAAAGCUCUCUUUGAGCAAUAUGGUGAUAUCAGAACAUUGUACACUUCCUGUAAGCAUAGAGGCUUUGUGAUGAUCUCUUACUAUGACAUUCGUGCUGCCCGUACAGCAAUGCGUGCCUUGCAAAAUAAGCCACUCCGGAGGAGAAAGCUCGAUAUUCACUUCUCGAUUCCUAAGGAAAACCCAUCUGAUAAGGAUGUAAAUCAAGGUACCUUGGUAGUAUUUAAUUUGGACCACUCGGUUUCAAGUGAUGAUCUUCUUCAAAUGUUUGGGGCUUAUGGCGAGGUCAAAGAGAUAAGGGAGACACCCCACAAGAGACACCACAAAUUUGUUGAAUUCUAUGAUGUUAGAGCUGCUGAGGCUGCACUCAAGUCCUUGAACAAGAUUGAUAUUGCUGGUAAACGGAUUAAGCUCGAACCUAGCCGUCCCGGUGGAGCUCGGAGAAGUUCACUGCUGCAAGCAAAUAAUGAUCUUGAGCAAGAAGAAAGAAAUUUGUAUCACGUGGGUUCGCCGCUUGGGAAUUCUCCCCCCGGAAAUUGGCCACAGCACGGUAGCCCAAUGGAGCGAAACCCCUUGAAAAACUACAGUAAAUCACCCGUUUUUGGUUCGAUUAGCCCUCCAGUUAGCAGCAGUGUACCUGGACGAGCUUCAAUUCUGAACCAGGUGGGAUCCACGAUCCAAGAUAGCCCGAACGGACAUUAUUUGGAUCAUAUAUUUUCUAAUAAUGGAAAUUCGAACUCUCGAGUCAUCUUGGACCAAUCCCUUUCAUUGCCAGAUCAUCAUUAUCCAAGCAGUCAGUUUGGCGGGCCUGGGCCCGUUUCCUCAUUUGGGCCGUCCAAACCAUUAUUUGCCGGGCCACAGCAUAUCUGGGGAAAUUCAAAUUCAAAUAGUAACGGUUUCAAUUUUCUAAACCACGAUUACCGUGUGGGGUCAGCUCCGACUGGCAUCCCUCUCGAGCAGAAAUUUAGUUAUAUUCGAGAGUCUCUCAAAGGGUCUUUUGCGGGCCCUUGUUAUGGAAGUGUGGGAUCAAGAAGUUAUGGGGAGCACGUUUUUGGUGGGAACUCGGUUGGAAAUGGUUCUCCUGUUUUUUUCGGUAAUGGCAUUUUUCCUAGCAUGGAGGGUUUUGCCGAACGGAAAUCAAGGCAUUUUGGAGGCAAGGGAUCCCAAUUAGAUAACAAGAAACAAUUUCAGCUCGAUCUUGAUAAGAUUAAGAGCGGUGAAGAUACUCGGACGACUCUCAUGAUAAAAAAUAUCCCCAACAAGUACACUUCCAAGAUGUUGCUAGCUGCUAUCGAUGAGCAUCACAGGGGAACUUACGACUUUCUCUAUUUGCCCAUUGACUUCAAGAAUAAAUGCAACGUGGGCUAUGCAUUUAUUAACAUGUUGUCUCCACUGAAUAUUGUCCCGUUUUAUGCGGAAUUCGAACGCAAGAGGUGGGAGAAAUUCAAUAGCGAAAAAGUUGCAUCUUUGGCUUUUGCUCGUAUUCAAGGGAAAGCUGCCCUCAUUGCCCAUUUCCAAAAUUCGAGCUUGAUGAAUGAAGACAAGCGUUGCAGGCCAAUUCUCUUCGAUUCAGAAGGCACAGGAUUUAAUAAUAUGCCCCAAGGCGCGUGUCGCGCACGCCCCACAAGCCCCUCCCAGCGCAGCCAUUUUUUUCACACGAGGCACGUGCCCUCACGUCAGGACGGCAGGUCCCACAGCCCACGUGUCGACUACCGAGUGGUCUUCCCCCGGACUUUCCCCAGCUCUAAAUCCCAGCCGUUAGUUAGCAGCAGACAAACUCGCUUUAAGCACGGGUCCCGAUCCACUGCGGCCGACUUCCCGCACACCCACGCUAUUCGAGUUGUACAUCGCUAA